GGGGCCGGGUCUCCGCCAAGGACCCCGCUGGCCCCGGGGCCGGCGACUCCCCCGGGUCGGCCCCCCGCGAGGUGGGGUCCCGCUGCCCCGGCCCCCGGCCCUGCCCCUGGCACAUGGCCCCGGCGGCAAAGCCGCUGGCGGCGGCCGCAGCCCCCCGGAGCCCGGCCAGCAGCCUCGGACAGGCCGGGGGGGCAGCCCCGGCUCUCGCUCGGCGAAAGCCGCCGUCGCCGCAGGCAUCUGGAAGGUUCCGGCUCGUCCGUCCCCCCUCGCCGCCCCGACCCCUCUCCCCGCCGCCUUCCCGCCCUAUAAAUGCGGGCGGCAGCAGCCGGCGGAGCGGAGCGGGGGAGCCAUGCUGGGGGCCUGGCUGCUGCUCUGGGGGGGCCUGGCCCUGGGCUGCCGCGCCGAGACGGCCUUUCUGCGGCGGGCCGACGACAGCAGCGGCCGGUGCACCUACUCCUUCACGGUGGCCAGCCCCGUCGAGGCCGGCUGCCCUGAUGCCGGCGGCGUGUCGGAGCUGCGGGCCGAGCUGGCCGCCCUCGCUGCCCGCCUGAGCCGGCUGGAGAGCCGGGAGCGGGGCGCGGGGGGCUCGGGGCCGCGGGGAGGGGAGGCCGGGGCGGCCCGGCACCCCCAGCACGCAGCGCCGGUCGCUCGCCUGGAGCCCGGGUACAGCGAGCUGCUGCGGGCCAAAUCCCGGCUAGAGGAGGAGAAGGGGCGGCUGGAGCGGGAGAAAGAGGAGCUGGGGAGGCGACUAGAGAGCAGCGCCCAGGAGAUCGCCCAGCUACGGGCCGGUCGCUGCCCCCCCGGCGGAGAGGGAGCCGGCCGCGAACCCCUGCGCGCCCCCGGCAAAGCCCCCCGCUGGAACCCCCAGCCCCUCACCUACCAGGAGCUGCAGUCGGAGAGGACGGAGGUUCCCGCAUCCCAGCUGCUGGAGGAGACCGCGCUCGGCCGCCCGGGGAGCGAGGACUCAGGCUGCGGUGAGCUGGUGUGGGUGGGGGAGCCCAUCGUCUUUGGCCGGGCAGAGUCCAUCGCCGGCAAGUAUGGCGUGUGGAUGAAGGACCCCGAGCCCGUGUCCCCCUUCACGCGGGAAACCACCUGGCGUGUGGACACGGUGGGCACAGAGGUCCGUCAGCUCUUGCAGUAUGAGGCGGCUGAGCAGCUGGCCCAGGGCUACCCCGCCAAGGUGCACAUCCUGCCACGGCCCCUGGAGAGCACGGGAGCCGUUGUCUACCGUGGUGGGCUCUUCUUCCAGCCCCGUCGCUCCCGUGUCGUGGCCCGCUAUGACCUGCAGGUAGAGGCCAUCACGGCCCAGAGGGAGAUCCCCGGUGCUGGCUACCAUGGGCAGUACCCCUACUCCUGGGGGGGGUACACUGACAUAGACCUGGCGGUGGAUGAGACAGGGCUCUGGGUGAUCUAUAGCACCGAGAAGGCCAGGGGGGCGAUUGUCCUCUCCAAGCUGGACCCCAAGACUCUGGAGAUCCAGCGGACCUGGGAGACCAACAUCCGCAAACGAGGGGUAGCCAACUCCUUCAUCAUCUGUGGCACCCUCUACACAGUCAGCAGCUACUCAGCACCCAAUGCCACCAUCAACUUUGCCUAUGACACGGCCACUGGCACCAGCCGGGCCCUCAGCAUCCCCUUUGAGAAUCGUUUCCGUUACCUCAGCAUGGUGGACUACAACCCUGCUGAGCAGCAGCUCUUUGCCUGGGAUAGCUUCAACAUGGUCACCUACCCCAUCCGCCUCUCCCGGGAGUGAGCCGGGGCUGGGGAUGCGCUGGCUCAGCCCCUGUGACCCCCAUGCGUGCCUUGGCACCCCGCUUUGCUCCCUAGCUACCCCAGCAUGGCCGGGGGCACCUUCUCAGACAGCCCUGGAUGAUGGUGGGGGCCACACACUCAUCAGCUGCACCACGAUGGGACCCCCCAAUGUCCCCAGUGGCACAUCUGGCAACAUCCUGUUGUGCUCGAGUGCAGAAAUGAAGCGCUGACCCCCCUGGCAGCAGCAGAUGUGGGGAGCCCUCCCCAGCUUGGGAGGGCCUUGCUGAGGAGAGCAGCCAACAGCAGCCCGGCUGAGAGCCUGCAAACCCCAGUGCAUCCCACCCUGCUGGUGCCCUGGGGGGGGAUCCCAGAGCUCAGUCGCCUCCAAAAUUCAUCCAGCAGGAUCAAAAGCAGCAGGGAACAUGGAUGCUCAUUGCACAAGCCUUGUUUUAUUGGGGGGAAAAAAAAGAAGCCAAGAGAGCAGUGGUGAGGGCUGGCAGAGCAUUCCCACACCCCACGGUGUGCCCAGCCCCUCUCAGGCACAUGCUUUGGCUUUCUGGGCUGUGCCCAGCCACCAGCAUGGCAGCUACAGCCUAGUCUGGCCAGCAGCACACCCCAGGCAGGGCCAAAACCGUGCCAUUUUAACUAUUUAUUUUAGAUGGUUUGUAGGAGGCUUUUCUUCCCCCCUCCCUGGCAUUCAGGGCAGCAGCAGCCACAUCCCCCAGGGGAUGUGCAGGGUGCCAGCCCAAUAAAUGUUGCCCACCACUGCCUUGCA